AUGAUUCAAAAAUUUACUUGUGUUCCAAAAUCCGAUUAUGAUGUCAUUAUUAUUUCCAAUGGGACUAUAAAUCAAAUAGAAUCAAAAUUGAUAGAAAUCAAUGAACAUGCAAAUAAUACCGUGCCUUUGAAUUCAAAGAUUACAUAUUUAGACGAUUUUAAAGCAUUGGUUACUCAUUUACAUAGUAAAGAUAUCAAAACAUUUCCUGGAAAAGUAGUCUUUAUGUUCUUCAAUGGUUUAGAAUAUAUUCAACAAUUAAUCAGUGAUUUAAUUGAUCAUUAUAGUAAAUAUAUAGUGACACAUUUUAUUCAACAAAACAAAUCACAAAUAAAUUCAUUUGAAAAAUUAGAAAAUGUUUAUUUAUAUUUCGAUUCUUCAAUAACAAUGAUACAAAGACCAAGUUCACCAUAUGAUUUCUUAUUAUAUACUAACAACGAUGACUAUGAAAGUCAACUUAAUACAAUUGCCAAUAUUGCAAAUGAUGUUAUUAAAAAGAUGAAUUUUGUUAUUGGGAAGAUUAGAGGAGUUUAUAUUGAUGAUUUACAAUUAGAUGCUAAAGAAGGUAUUAUUCCUAUGAGAUCUAGUCGUCCACUGGUGGAGAAGACUGAUUUAUCUUGCUUUUCUCAAUUAGUUAUGAGUGAUAUAAUUUUGUAG